CUCAAUUUUCGACUUCUCUAAUCUCGUUCGAAUUCAAAUACCACUUCAUUUGAGCAGAAGAAGAAGCCAUGAAAGGACCUAAGAACGCUGCCAUUGCUUCCAAGAAGCUCGUCAUCACUGAGACAAACAAAAAGCGCAAGGCUGAUUUGAACUCAUCAAAGAAAGAGAAAGCCAGUAAGAAAAAUUCUGCAGGACCAAAGCGUCCAGCCAGUGCAUUCUUCGUUUUCAUGGAGGAUUUCAGGAAAAGUUACAAGGAGAAUUUCCCUGAUAACAAAUCUGUUGCUGCUGUUACCAAAGCUGGUGGUGAGAAAUGGAAGUCAAUGCCUGAUUCUGAGAAAGCUCCUUAUGUGGCAAAGGCUGGCAAGAGAAAAGAAGAAUAUGAGAUAGCACUUGCAGCAUUCAACAAAAAUCUGGGGGAAGCAAAAAUCCCAGCUGAAUCUGAGAAGUCAUCUGGUGAGGUCCAUGAUGUCGCUGAGGACGAAGCUAGCUCUUAGGUGCACGUUUAUGGGUUUGUCAGUUGACUACUGAUAAAUGGACUUAGAUAAAUAGUCUUCAUUAGUUGUUGAAAGUAUAUAAAUGGGACGAUGCUAUGAAAAUCUAGUCGUUUUAGUAGCUGUAUCUAAUGAACUUCCAAUAAGAGAUUGUACU